GUAAACACGCCUACAUUUAUCUUCCGCAUGUGGACUGAAAGUAUCGUUGUUUAUAAGUGAUACGAAGUAACCCUAGCAAAAUAUGUAGCUGUAUGUGACUGUGUGGGAUUUUACUUCGUAUUUUCACUCUGUUCUUGUCUUUGAAACAAUGAAAUAGAUGCAACGACAGAACCUUUCCUUAAACCAAACUCUUGGAUAGCUUGUGGCUUGUUAUGCUAACUGGCUAGCAGACAGUACUACAUGUGAAGAAUGGAGACUUCUAACCAUAACAGCAGAAUUAUGGACAUGUUUGAAAAGGGAAAGGUCCUGAAAAUAUGUGCUCCGAUGGUACGAUAUUCAAAGCUUGCAUUCAGGUCCUUGGUGAGGAAAUACAACUGUGAUAUCUGCUUCACCCCAAUGAUAGUGGCUGAUGACUUCAUGCGAUCAGUCAAAGCCAGAGACAGUGAAUUCACUACCAAUGCAAGUGACCGGCCUCUGAUAGUGCAGUUUGCUGCCCAUGAUGCCCAGACUCUGGCUGAUUCAGCCUGUGUGGUAGCACCUUUCUCAGAUGGAGUUGACCUCAACUGUGGCUGCCCCCAGAGAUGGGCUACGUCAGCUGGGUAUGGUGCAUGCCUCAUCAACAAGCCUGAACUGGUGAAAGACAUGGUCACACAUGUCCGAAACCAAGUAGACAAUCCAAAUUACACAGCAUCCAUUAAAAUAAGAAUUCACAAGGACCUGAGGCAGACAGUAGAUCUGUGCCAGAAGGCUGAAUCAGCAGGAGUCUCAUGGAUAACUGUUCAUGGCCGCACAGCAGAAGAACGCCACCAGACAGUCCAUUAUGAUGCCAUCAAGUUAAUCAAAGACAGCGUGUCCAUCCCUGUCAUUGCCAAUGGGGACAUAAAGUACCUUCGUGAUGUGGAGUCCAUUCACCAGCUCACUGGUGUCGAUGGUAUGUUUAAGCUCCCACUAAAGAUGACGCUGCAAUGGACUGUUGUGGCCCUCUUUCUCUAUGUGGAGAUGGGCAUUCUUGUCAUCCUCUGUUUACCCUUCAUCUCAGCCAGGAGAUGGCAGAGUAUUUUCCAGCUGAGGAUCUGGAGCUGUGUGUCAAAGUUCUGGAACAAAGUGUUUCUCACAAUGAUUAUAAUACUCAUUGUUCUCUUCCUUGAUGCUGUGCGUGAGGUGAGAAAAUAUUCAGCUAAGGAUCUUGGCUCCGAUGCCAAGCUGCAGCCCAACAUGUUCGAUCACCUCCACAUGAAGCUUUUCAGAGCCCAGAGGAACCUCUACAUCUCUGGCUUUGCUGUCUUCCUCUGGCUGGUCAUGAAGCGAGUGGUCACCUUGAUAAACCAACUGGCAUCAGCGUCUGGCAGCACGGCUGCUCUUCAGCUGCAGGCUGACAACGCUAACCAGGCUGCCAAGAAAUACACAGAGGACAAUGAGCUGCUGAAAAAGACUCUGAUGGAGGGGAAGGGCGAUAAGGCUACUGCAGAGGGCAUGGAGCUGUUGAGGAAACAAGUGGAGAAAAUGAAAGAGGAGCUGAAGACCUCAGAAGAUGCUGUGAAGAAGUCCCAGUCCGAGGCAGACGUAAUGAAGAAGCAGACCGAUGGUCUCGCCAGGGAGUACGACCGACUGCUGAGAGAACAUCAGGAGCUCCAGAAUCUUCAAGAUGGUGAAACCAAAAAGGACGACUAGUUAUCGUAAAGUCCUUUUAAAGGUUGACUUUAGCCCAAUCAGGACAGAGCCACUGCAACAGGUGCUUUACAUUCAUAUAACACCCUGUGUCAGAGUGCAUAUCACAAUAUCAGAAUGUGCCACUCUGAGGUAAAGCCUUUUGCUGAUCACAGUAACGUUUUUAAAGCAUGGAGUUAGGUUUUUUUUAUCAGGACAUCAGAUUAGCUUUGGUUUAUUUGGAGUAAUGUUAAUGGUGUCCUGUUUCUGAUUGGUGCGCUUUGAUCUAGAGAAUUGCUUUUUUUCCUAGUCAUCACUCGAGGGACUGUAAUUGGAGAGUUUAGCCAGUAAGUCUGAUCACAGAGCGCUUCAUAUGUUAAAGAAUUGUGCAACAAGUAGGGCUGUUUUAUGGUUUGUGGCAUUAGUUUUGCAAAGGGCACAGCGUAGGGUCCAUCAUUUGUUGAAAGCUUGAGCAGUGACAGCUAUGAAUGUAUUUUGAUACUGAGGAUUUGCUUUUUUGUUACUGUAGCAGGAACACCUGCCACUUUAACAACAUUAUGCAACGUCCGUCUUUGCAAAUAUAUUUUGCAUGUACAGUUGCACUUCACUCAUUUUUGUUUUAUUCCAGUUGAUGAUAUGUACAUCUCAAUUAUGUUUUGAGAUGUCCAACAUAAAUACGUACAGUAAAUACGUUUGUUAUUCUUUUGGUUUCUUGCUUAGUUUAAAGUUGUAGACUUGACUUGAAGAAAAUCUGAUGUAAUAGAUCUGUGGAUGAAACUGUAUAUCUGUAGGGAUAGAAACCUUAUGAUCUAACUGAAGGUUUACACGUCUUAACUUGAACGUUCCGAUUUGUUGUGUAUUUUCUGCACUGUGUGUUUCAUGCGUAUAAUAGUGUGAGAGUUGCACCAGGGGAGUUACUGUGUGCUUCCUGAAAGGUGCUGUAUGUUUUUUGUUAUAUCACCUUUCUCCAGAAAGAGCCUUGAAACUGAGGUUCUUAAUGUUCCCCAGCAGUUUUUUAUAAAUAAAUAAGGAUAUUGGGCUUACAAAAGUUGCUUUCAGGUUGCAUAAAUGCCUUUUUAAGUUGAGUUUGGACAUUUCUUCGGAAAUCAGACGAAAGUGCCUUUUAAGGUAAAUGUUCACUUUGUUAAAUAAAGAUCAUUUUCUUUA